CUCUACUCUUUCAUUCCUAUUUCUAUUCCUCUUGUUUCGCCUAUAGAAGGCUAUCCUGACCUCGAACAGACCCUCCCAAAGCACUGACUGAAUCAUCCUCGGCUCCUCCGACCCAACCUGCUAGUGCUGAGCCAAUACGAACCAGUCUGCAUCUCGCCGAGACCUGACCAAUCCAGCAUCCUGGCACGGGUUAAAGAUAGUUCUCAGGCUCUGGCCAGCGAUAUGGGAACAGAAUGCCUCACGAUUGGCCUGGCAGUAACUCUGCCUCCGAGGGCAAAUCCUUCGACGUGCCGGACUGACAAUCGGCAUUGUUCAUGGUCCCAAUCUUUAGCUAUCAAGCCGGAUCGCACGAAGGAUCUGCUGCCAAAAUCUCCGCAUCCUUCGCGUCCCCAUGAGGUAUUCCCCCAUCUCCUUCUGGAAGGUCUUCCUAAGGUUGAGACUCUAGUAUUUAGCUCUCGCGAGGCGCCAACCACUGCGGUCUCACCUCAGCCAGUCUAUCGCUUGUCGAGCUGGAGUCUGCCUCUUCGGCUGCGGAUCGUACCGAUGCACCCUUUUGACCGUGAUUGGCGAGGUUUUGGCCCCCUCAUCCUGCCCUAAUCAGGUUGCCUACAGCACUUGAUAGACCCGUCGGGACGGAAUGCCUCAUGUUGUUUUUUCCCGGAGGAGGCUGACAAUACACGUGGAGGUACCCCGGUCCGUGUGAGAACGCAUCCUUAGCGUGAGAUCAUACGAGGUAGACUGAUGCUUGGGGGCCGAUUCCAUCCUGUUCAGGAUGUCGUUUCAUCGCCAUGUCCUGGAUGGAGAAGGGGAGUUGAUUCUCCGGAACUCCUGGAGCUGCUGGAGCUGAAUGGGCUGAGCUCGGAAACGAGAUAUCGCUGCUCAGCAUGAUGGCUUGCUUGUGUCCGUGCCGUUCGUGAAGCUGCCAUAGAAUCGAGGACGAUGAGUAUAAAGCUGGGUGCUGGCCGACGACGAUCCAUUUCCCGCUUCGUCACUCAGACACGGCGUCUUCAAAGGACCCUUUCUAGUCUCGAUCACUAUCAUCACCAGUCGCCAUGCAUCUUGGCCACGCCGCGAGCCUACUCACUGCUUUGGCAGUAUCUGCUCAUGCCAUCCCGACAGAGACGCAUAUCAAAGCGCGCGGCCUCUUGGGUUCCUCCUUUGGCGUGCCCGGGAACAAUGCCACCUUCGACUACAUCAUCGUGGGUGGCGGUACUGCCGGCUUGACUUUGGCCACUCGUUUAGUAGAGCAGCAGAAGGGCUCUGUGGCAGUCGUUGAGGCCGGUGGCUUCUACGAGAUCGAUAAUGGCAAUAUCAGCCAAGUGCCUGCCUUCGACGGAACGUAUACCGGCCGGUCUGAGACGGACUGGCAGCCGUUGAUUGACUGGGGAUACGUCACCACCCCUCAAGCUGGCUCCUACAACGACAAGCUGCACUAUGCUCGCGGGAAAUGCCUCGGGGGCAGUUCAGCGCGCAACUACAUGGUCUACCAACGCGGCACCACGGCUUCAUAUAAGCGAUGGGCCGAUGCUGUGGGAGACCAGAGCUACACCUUUGAGAAAUUCCUACCGUUCUUCGAGAAGAGUAUUAAAUUCACCCCGCCCAACAUGGAGCUGCGCUUCAAGAACGGGUCCGCCGAGUACGACCCGCACGUCAUGGGCAACGGCUCCGGUCCGCUGUCGGUGACCUUCUCUCACUAUGUGCAAGCCUUCGGUACCUGGGCGACGAAGGGACUGCAGGCCAUGGGCAUCCCCAUCGUGCCGGGCUUCCAGAGCGGCUCGCUCCUGGGUCAGUCCUACAGUAUGUUCACCAUCAACGCCACCACCAUGGUGCGCGACUCGUCCGAAACCGCCUUCUUGCGCACAGGCCUCGGAUACUCCAACUACAUGGUGUAUCAGACCGCCACGGCCAAGAAGAUCAUCUUUGACAAGAACAAGCGCGCCACCGGUGUGAUCGUCGACACCGAGGGACUCAGCUACCAGCUCAACGCCCGCAAGGAAAUCAUCCUGUCGGCCGGUGCCUUUGGCUCGCCCCAACUGCUCCUAGUCUCCGGCGUCGGCCCUGCAUCAACUCUCAAGUCCCUGGGCAUCCCCGUCGUCGCAGACCGGCCCGGCGUGGGCCAAAACAUGGAAGACCACAUCUACUUCGGUCCCUCGUACCGUGUCAACGCGCCCACACUGUCGGCACUGGGAUACCCCGAAUUCGCCGCUGCUGCCGCGAAGGAGUUCAAUGAGAAUGCUUCCGGCAUGUACACCAACCCAACCACUGACGUGAUCGCCUGGGAGAAGGUCCCCAAGCGUCUACGCUCGCACUUCUCCAAGUCUACCUUGGCCUCCCUAGCCACUUAUCCCGCCGACUGGCCCGAGCUGGAGUAUCUCUCGCUGAGUGCCUACCUGGGAUACCAGGCCAACCUGGCCACGGGCGACCCGCACGACGGAUACAACUACGCCACGCUGUCCGUGGCCCUCUGCACGCCGCGGUCGCGAGGCAACCUGACCAUCUCCUCGGCUGACGUGUACGACGACCCGGUCAUCAACCCCAACUGGCUGACCGACCCAGCCGACAUUGAGGUGUCGAUCGCAGGGUUCAAGCGGGUGCGCGAGUUCUGGAACUCCAAAGCCAUGAAGCCGUUCGUGAUCGGCGAGGAGGCGUUUCCGGGACCGCACGUCCAGACCGACGCCCAGAUCGAGGAGAUCAUUCGCAAGAGCUUCAACACAAUCUACCAUGCCGCAUGCACCUGCGCCAUGGGCAAGAAGGAUAACCCCAUGGCGGUUGUCGAUACCGAGGCCCGGGUGAUUGGCGUCAAGGGACUGAGGGUCGUCGAUGCGGCGGCGUUUCCGUUGCUGCCUCCGGGUCAUCCCCAGGCUACUGUUUAUGCGCUGGCCGAGAAGAUCGCUUGUGCUAUCACCGGUGCUUGUUGAGUAAGGCAAGCUCCGUAGUUCGUGUAGAAUGGCAUGUUAUAGAGCUAGAGUCGGGGUGUGUGAUCUUCAGUGUCACCGGAUAUGUAAAGCUAUGUAUAGCAGUUUUAGGGCAAAUAUAACUUGUUUCUAUCUUCA